AAAUCGCGGGAGGAGACGGGAUUGGGCGAGAUGCUCCCUGAAACUUCGCAUGCGCGAAACAGUUGACGACGACAGACAGGAGAGGUGUUCGCAACCGGCCAAUUCAAGAUACACAAGAAUGAUGUCCACGCCUUGAUGAACAACUGUUGGACUCCCACGUGCCAAUUCCACGCCUCGUCGCCCCGCCGUGAUCGUGAUCGUGAGCGCGCGAGCGCGUCGGGAUGAUGGACAGCCUGGAGGAGGACCUGACGUGCUCGGUGUGCUACGCGCUGUUCACGGACCCACGCGUGCUGCCCUGCUCGCACACCUUCUGCAAGAGCUGCCUGGAGAGCGUGCUGCAGGUGUCCAGCAACUACUCCAUCUGGCGCCCGCUGCGGCUGCCGCUCAAGUGCCCCAACUGCCGCAGCGUGGCGGAGCUUCCGCCGACCGGCGUGGACGCGCUGCCCGUCAACGUCUCGCUGCGCGCCAUCAUCGAGAAGUUCCAGCGCGACGGCGGCGCCGCCAGCGCACGCCCGCCCACCUGCCCCGAGCACCCGCGCCAGCCGCUCAACGUCUACUGCGUGCAGGACCGCGCGCUCAUCUGCGGCCUGUGCCUGACCGUGGGGCGCCACCAGGGCCACGCCAUCGACGACCUGCAGGCGGCGUACGUGCGCGAGCGCCACGCGCCCGAGCAGCUGGUGCAGCAGCUGACGGACGCGCGCUGGGCGGAGGUGUGCGCGCUCGGGGAGCGGCUGGAGGAGGAGAAGGCGAGGGGCGAGGGGCUCGUUCGGCAGGACCGCGAGGCCGUGGCGCUCUUCUUCCGGGGCGCGGAGCGGCUGCUGGGGCGCAAGCGCGACGAGUACCUGGCGGCGCUGGACGCGGUGAGCGAGGAGCUGGCGCGGACCUACGACCCGCUCGUCGAGAGGCUCAAGGACGUGCAGGAGGAGCAGCUCAGCCUGAUCGCACUCGGCUCCGCCGUGCGGGACGAGGAGGAGCCGCUCGCCUUCCUGGAGAAGGUGCACCUGUUCCGCGCCCGCGUGGCCUCGCUCACCCAGACGCCCAUGCCCCAGGUGGUGCCCGUCUACAUCGCCCCCCGCGCCGCAGACUUCCUGCGCGAGCGCUGGGCCAAGGUGACCGUCGGAGGCCUGGAGCACGCGCCCGUCCCCAAGGUGGCCCUUUACACUGCCGGGUGCUGCGCGGGCAAGCGUGCCCUCCCCGCAGGUCUGGCCCGCGGCUGGCUGGACCCUCGACGGUGCCCGCUCCCGCUCGUCGCCCUGCUGGCGUUGUUGUUGUUGUUGUUGUUGGCGGCCGGGCUGCACCUGGAUCUGUUCGGAGUGGCGUCUCUGGGGUUCUCCGUGCUCGCUUCGCUCGGCGAGGUACUCCGGAGUCUGGCCGACCAACUCGUCUGGCCCUUCAACGUCCAGGGGCUGCUGGAGGAUCUGCUCUCCAACGUCUGCGCGAGUGUCUCCUCCCUGGCCGACAGAACAUACCAACACUUGGCCUUUUUCCUCCAGGCUUCGCAGUAACAAGUGCCCCAAGAAUACGCAGUGCUUUUCUUUUUGGUUUGUGUGGAACGUGGGAUCUGGUUUGCCGUGAUGCAGAGAGAAUAAUAGAUGUGCUGUUAGUUUCAAGAUACAAAAGGUUGAAGUGGAUCCAAGAUCAGGUACAGACACGAGACUGCUUUGAAACUUGCCAAACCAUGACGUCUUCCGAAGACAACACGUGACCAAGUCUGAGGCAAUGUUAAAUCCAACAUGCCCUGUCAAACUAACUCUCAUCACCUCUCUUAACAAUAGUUCUUUAUAGUGAAUUCAUUGAUAGCAAUUGAUAUGCACACUAUUUUUUACGAAAGUUUCCGUUAUGUAGCAGAAUUGUUUGUAGUGCAUUUAAGUACAACUCUGUUCCAAGUGCAUGACCAUUUAUAGCAAUGUAAAUGAUCAGUUAGGUGACUUUUCUACUUAAAGGUCUAAUUAGCCUUUUUACAGCACAGCUACUUUUGCUCAUGUAUACAUGAUGCCUUUAAAAACACUACUGGUAACGGAACACCACUAUUUUGGAUAUUACCUCAUUUGCCAUCUACCCUUAAAAAAAAUGACCACUACUUCAAGUGUCAACUGCAGGGAAUGCAAUAUUUUGAAGUUAUUGUACUGCUGUUAUUUUUUUUGUAAGGGUAGAUGUGAUGUGGGGCCUUGUAUUCUUUGAGUUAAAAGUAACCCAGUCUGACACAUUAGCUUCUAGCACAAUUCAGCAGAAGUGGUUUAGACCAGCCAGCCUGUUGCUGAAUUAUAACUAAGCAGGUUAAUGGUAUCAAACUGGGUCAUUGUUGCAUGCAUAACAAAAGAUGGGCACAUAUACUCUUAACUCUGGGAUAGAUGGCAAGUCAGCUGAUUUUCCAAAAUAGUCGGCUUGUCCCUUUAAAGGAAACAGACAUGUAAAUGUUGACCUCAGCUAUGUAGGCCGCUAUUGUUUGGCACUAACUAGGCUGGGGAAACUAAUGUAGUAGCAAGGGGCAGAAGCUAGAAGGCUUUACGAAGUAGCUGGCGGUCACUGUGAACCUUAACAAAUGCUUGCUUACUGCCUUAACCUCAUGCUGUGAAUGCAUAAAAAAAUCAUACCAAUAUUUUUGAGAACACAAAUAAUGACACCACUGUAAACAC